CAUGUACCAAGCGUGAUAUCUUCACAAGAGAAUGAGACACUUCGGCGGCGAUUUCCCCUAGAAGACCCCCGAGAGGCUUGUCUCUUUCGAUAUUUCGUCGAAGAAAUCGCUCAUUGGCUCAUUGCCCAGCUUAGCGAGCAUGAUGCGGUCGAGUAUAUGCUCAAAUGCAUCCCCGCGCUUCGCAAUUUCCAUGAAGUCGACGACGAUGAUUAUCGCGACAGCAUCAUUGCCACGGCUGUCAUCCUGCGCCAGCUGGAAGAGAUUGACGAAGAGGAAGAUGAUGCGCCGGCAAACGAGAGCGGCAACAGCCAAGGCGACAGUGGCCAUGGCAAGCAGGUCAACUUCCUCCCCAUCAUCAAUGCCGUCCUGAGGAGCUCUGCGUCACAAGCCCUGUUUGGCCGGAGGAGCCUCAUCCAGGCGGCAUACUGGAUGGCCCUACGCCAGGAAAUCUACCACUCCUUCACCCGGAAACAGCCGCCGCAGUUGUUCCCCUCGCCCGACCUGUGGCAUAGCGCUUCCAAGGCGAACAAGACGGUGAUGCAUACCGUCCAGGUGGCCAAGUGGCGCUGGGAGGACGGGUCGGAACGCGAAUGGCUGAGGCUCAUGGAUCAGCAAGAGUACCUCGAGCGCGAGAUUCUGGUCAACUUCCGGCCCAUCUUCAAGACGACGGCGGACAAGGCCAAGGGAGAAAUCUUUCCCACCAUCUGGUACGGGUCCAACCUGGAGGUGACGAGCGUGCAGCAGAGCAUCAUGGCCAAGUCGGUGCUGGUUGCCGAGAAUCCUUUUCUCAAAGCUCCAUCGGCAUCGCGUGCAUCCUGGCGAAAGGCGGAAAACGACGUGCGUCUGCUGCUGCUGGAGCUCUGCGGCAUCGCCCUCUGCCAUCCAGCCUCGCCGCCGGCGCUGCUCAACGCGGCGAUUGGCAUCCAGCUGUACGGCGACUUCUUCACGGACCGGUACGAGCGUCAGGCGCUGCGAGGCGUCGUGGAAAAGUAUCGCGAUGCGCGAGCCUGGCCGGUGCAGAAGCUGCUCGAGAUGUUUAGGGAGUGA